AUGGCCGACGACACGCCUUGUCCACCCCCACCUGCUCCUCCAUUACCACCUACAGUCCGCAGGAGCCAGUCAAGAGAAUCUCCCUUUGUGUUGAAGGUCAGGAGUGCGCCAGAAGAUUGGUUUUACCAGGCUCCCAACCCGCCAGUCCAAAGGGACCUCUUUGAGCCACCCACAGGGCCGUACUUUGUAUACGGAACAUUGAUGGAUCCAAAGAUGUUGGCUGAUGUCCUUGGACUGGAGAAAGAGCCUGAGCUGCGGUCCGCCAAAAUUGAAGGCUAUUCUCGCAAACUCUGGGGACAAUAUCCUGCUAUGCAAGACGGGCCGCAAGGUGCCGAAGUUAGUGGUCGAGUCUACUGCGUGCAGUCUGUUGACAAUGCAAAAAGGCUAGCUGAAUACGAAACAAACAGCUACCAAACUGCGCCAUGCCUCAUCCAGUACACUGAUGGGCAAGAGCCUGCGGAGGACUAUGGUCAUGUUUUUAUGUUCGUUGGUAACCCUCGGGAUCUUAGCGACGGGGAAUUUGAUUUGGAACAAUGGCUUAAGCGGAUGGGCCGACAGUCAGCCUCAUAG